UUGACGAUAGACGUGUACAAGGAAUUAAUGAAAGUGGUGAAACGCUGGACCUUAGAGACCAUAGCAGAAGUUUGUUUAAAAUAAAUAUUCGAUUACCUUGGCUAGCUUUUAUAAUAGCUUGGAUGCUAUGCUCCUGAAAGCAAAAUUUACGGAUUAAACAUCACAGAGUCCGAGAGUCCAGUGUCAUGAAACUGAAUCCACAGCAAGCUCCGUUAUAUGGCGAGUGUGUUCUGACUGUGCAGCUGUGUGAUGAAGAGGUCUGUGAGGAAGAAGAGGAUGUAGAGUUCUAUCUGUUGUUCUCUGGAAGCACGCAGACGCACCUCAGCAGCACUGUGAGGACCAGCCAUGUCACCCUGCAGGCCAUAUGCCCCGCGCACGCCUGCUGCGAGGCGGUGCGGGUGACGCUGUGCUCUGCGGGGCCAGGCCGGCCGGCGGGCCCGGUGGGGCCGGGGGAGCGGUUCCGCUUCGUGCAGGACCUGGCCUUCGACAUGGCGCAGUUCCUGGUGAGCGCGGCCGGCCGGAGCGACGGCCUGGAGGCGGCCAUGCUGCUGGACCAGUGUGACAUCCCCCUGCAGGAGUGCGAGAGGCUGGACCGGGGCCUGGCUCGGGCCCUCAGGCACCUGCCCCUGCCCCCUGGCUGGAGCCUGCUGGGGCCCCACACCGACACAGGAGCGGGAGGCGAUCCGGCCCCUCACGAGACGCUGCUGCACUUCGCAGCUCGGCGCGGUUUUCGCCGCGUGGCCGUGUUCCUGCUGAAACAGCCGGGCGGCCGCCAGGCGCUGGGCCUCCCCAAUAAACAGGGGGCCACCCCGGCAGCCGUAGCCAAGCUGAGGGGACACAGCCAGCUGCAGCAGAUCCUCUCUCAGGAGGACGGCGGGUUGGUUCCCAACACCAAAGUGCCCUGGGAGAUGUGUUUGGGAGAUCGCGUGGUGCGACACCACCCCAAACUCAACACCUACACCCUGACCGUUGCCACGGCGCCUGGCCGGCCUCCGCCCAAUCUGCAGGGGGAAGUGGAGGAGCUGCGUCGUCUGAUUGGCUGCCACAAGCAGAGCCAGGUAGCACAGGGAAGCCCCGGCCCGGAGACUGAGACGGGCUCUGUCCGGGCUCGACUGAGGGCGCCGGGAGCGCGCGGCGCACACGAGACAGGUUCGGCCGUCGCCCACGGCAGUGACGCCGGGUGGGCGGGGGGAAGCCGAGGAGGAGAUUACGAAGCGCCGGAGGAGGAGGAAGAGGAAGAGCGGGCGGGGUCAGCCGCUGCCUGGGGAGAGGGGGACAGGGUGGGAGAGGCAGAAAGCGGUAGAGUCGCGCGGAGGAGGCGAACGAAGGAACAGCGCUCCUCUCUCUGUGACAGGCAGGAACCCUGCGCGCCUCGCAGAGCGUUCAACGUUCUCCGGCAGGAAGGAGAGAGCUGUGCGGGGAGGGAAGGAGAGAGAGAAGAGGGGGGUGAGAGGGGACGGACAGAGCGACCCCCGGUGACUGACAUGGGGCUGGCGCAGUCUCAGGAGCACCCCGAACUCGAGGGGUACAGCGAAGCGGAGGAGGCGAGCGAGAGCGAGAGAGAGGAAGAGGGAGAAAACGGGAGGACUGCUACAGCCCUGAGCCCCCAUGAAGGAGGGAGCGCAGAGGGAGAGGAGGACGGAGAGAGGGAGGACGCAUACCAUGCCAUGCAGCAGCUCUUCACCCCAACUCUUUUGGGGGACGCCAGGGCCAGGUGCGAGGAGCGGAUCGACGGAGUUCGGGCCCCCGAACCUGCGCCCCCCACAACGGACGGGGAGGAGGCGAAACCGGAGACCGACGGCUCGGCGAGCCGCUACAGCCGGAAAGUACAGGAGAGACCAUCGGCCAAUUAG